CGGCCGGGCUGACCGGAGGAGCCGGCGCGGGGAGGCAGAUGGCGGAGUCCGGGCCGCAGCCCCUGGGGGCCCCGAGCCGGCACGAGAAGAGCCUGGGGCUGCUCACCACCAAGUUCGUGUCGCUGCUGCAGGAGGCCAAGGACGGCGUGUUGGACCUCAAGCUGGCAGCGGAUACCUUGGCGGUGCGGCAGAAACGGCGAAUCUACGACAUCACAAAUGUUCUGGAGGGCAUUGGGCUGAUCGAGAAGAAAUCCAAGAACAGUAUCCAGUGGAAAGGUGUGGGCCCGGGCUGCAACACCCGUGAGAUAGCCCACAAACUCAUUGAGCUGAAGGCGGAGAUAGAGGACCUGGAGCAGCGCGAACAGGAGCUGGAGCAGCAGAAGAUGUGGGUCCAGCAGAGCAUCAAAAAUGUCACCGAAGACGUACAGAAUAGCAGGUUAGCCUAUGUGACGCACGAAGAUAUCUGCAAGUGCUUCACAGGAGACACCCUCCUAGCAAUUCGAGCCCCAUCAGGCACUCGGUUGGAGGUUCCCAUUCCGGAGGGCCUGAAUGGACAGAAGAAAUAUCAGAUCCACCUGAAAAGCACUAGUGGUCCAAUUGAUGUCCUCCUCGUAAACAAAGAUGCUUUGAGCUCCCCCCCUGUGGUGCUCCCUGUCCCUCCCCCUGAAGACCUCAUUCAGUGCCAGCCAGUCGUGCCCGCUAAACCACAGAGAUCGCCUGUUGCCCACUUCCAGGAGGCAUCUGUCCCCAGCAGUACGCACCCGUCCACGCCCACACCGACCAGCACUCAGGACCACAGCCCGGCUGCACAGAAAACAACGAGCCCAGAAUGCAGCGUUUCGGCAGCAGAGUCCAAGAGCAGCAGCGACUUCGACCCUCUCAGCUCGGUGGCCACGCCAGCCAGCCAGCCGCCGGUGUUAGAUACGCAGCCGCUCCAGUCAUCUGCCUCGCUAGACAGCAGCUCCGUCCUGCCCAAUCCCUCUACCUCCUUUGAGCCAAUCAAGCCAGAUCCCACAGAGAUGCUGGAACUUCCCAAAGAACUCUCGGAGAUGUUUGAUCCAACACGAGAAUGUAUGAACUCCGAGCUGCUGGAAGAGCUGAUGUCGUCCGAAGUAUUUGCUCCCUUGCUCCGCCUCUCCCCUCCCCCCGGAGACCACGACUACAUCUACAACCUGGAUGAGAGCGAAGGCGUCUGUGACCUCUUCGACGUGCCUAUCCUCAACCUCUGA